GGGGAGCGCGCGGGACGCGGGCUCGGGGAGGCGCUGACUCCCGGGGCCCUUUUUCUUCUCCGCGCCGCUGGUCACCCUGCGCGCGUCAGCAUGGUGUGGGCGACGCUCCUCUGGAUGGGCUUCCUCUGCCACCUGUGCCAGGGCUACUUUGACGGCCCUCUGUACCCAGAGAUGUCCAACGGGACCCUGCACCACUACUUCGUGCCGGACGGGGACUACGAGGAGAACGACGACCCCGAGAAGUGCCAGCUGCUGUUCCGCGUGAGCGAGCGCCGGCGCUGCGCCCAGGGCGCGGGGAGCCCGGCCGGGGACGCGCUGCGCCUGAGCCUGCGCGAGGAGUUCACCGUGCUGGGCCGCCAGGUGGAGGACUCGGGCCGCGUGCUGGAGGGCAUCAGCAAGAGCAUCUCCUACGACCUGGACGGCGAGGAGAGCUACGGCAAGUACCUGCGCCGCGAGUCGCACCAGAUCGGGGACGCCUACUCCAACUCGGACAAGUCCCUCACCGAGCUGGAGAGCAAGUUCCGGCAGGGCCAGGAGCAGGACGGCCGGCAGGAGAGCCGGCUGCACGAGGACUUCCUGGGGAUGCUGGUGCACACCCGCGCCCUGCUCAAGGAGACGCUGGGCAUCUCCGCGGGGCUCAGGGACAAGUACGAGCUGCUGGCCCUCACCAUCCGCAGCCACGGGACGCGCCUCGGUCGGCUGAAGAACGACUGCCUGAAAGUCUAGGUGGCGGAGCCGACCUGUCUGCGGUGGGGGCGGGAAGGAGGCAGGGCUCGGUUUUCCCGUACACUUGCGAUUUGUACAUCCGGAUUUGCACUUUGAGGAUGGAUCUGAGGUCGUUUGAAAAGGAAAGGGAAAGUUGAGAGGUCAGGUGGCUGUGCUUUUGUGCGUUGCUUUGGGACCUCUCUUGAUUUGUCACCUGUACAGAUGACACCUCCUGUCAUCCAAUUCCAGCGACACCUCCUGUCCAGAGGGGGCGUGCUUCCUAACUGCAGAGACGGGGCUCCAGCCACCUGGGAGGUGGCGGUGGGAACUGGCCGAACCCCUGUCCUGGAGACAGGCCCACCCCGGGGCACAGGCAGCCCUCCCUGCUUUGUGCGUGAGGUCCGAGUGUGGCUGUUGCGCCCGCAGCCCCUGCGAGUGGCUGGCUUACUCCCCUUCGCUCUCUUAUUUAUUAAGCACGGUCUGUGAGCUGUUUUCGUUUCUUGUACGAGUCGAGAAACCCCGUGCCAGCCUCCUGUGCAGUUACAAGGUUGCUCUGGGCGGUGUGUCCGGGGAGCGGGGGAGUUCAGAAGGCUGAGCGCUGCAGCUUUGAGGUGGCCACCCGCACCCGCCCACGUGGGGACUGCUGCACUGCCCCGCGCGUCUGCUUCCCCACUGUGCCGUGCUCAGUCACAAAGAAGUAGACAGAGUGCUAGAGCCCCGCGUGCCUGCCGUUCCCGUUACUAAUGUACUCUUCCUCAGUGAGGCAGGGGCGCUUCUUUCUGCUUCUUGUGAACUUGUAUUUCAAGGAAGGGGAAUUCUAAUUCUAACAACUCCUUAUCUAAGUUUUAUUAUUCAGGCAAUAAAUAUGUUUUCAGAUAA